GCAUAAUUGCGCGAGCUGUUGUCCAUCUCGCUCCUGCAGUUCGUCGGUGCUCAGCGAGCGAGCUUCCUCUUCGCCUAAGCACUUGCUUUUCUCCUCGGCAUCCUCGUCGCGGGAGCUCUCUCCUGUACCUAAGCAUAAUCUACAUGUAUAGCGAAGCAAAGGGGAAGCACUCUCCUUGGCGCGUGUCUUUUUUUUACUUUUUGCGAUCGCUGACGAGCGCCGCAGCACCGAGGAUUCGCCUUUUUACGGCGGGCAACUUUACGGGAGCCGUACAACGUAUCCGACUCUUAUAUACUUAAGUAUAGUAGCCGCGCUCGCAAUGGUGUGUGACGACGGGUAUCUUUGAAGCGGCCGAGAAGGACGUGGACGAACGAUAACAGGAGGAGGUGAUUAGCAUGCGUAAUUGUUGCACCGCCCGCCCGGGGAGAACGGGGGGCGAAGCGUGCGUAUAUAAGUACUGUAUACUUGCGACGCUCGGGCUUCUAAGGUCACUGUCUGUGCGCCAGCCGUGUCGUCGCAUAAUCUCUACAGUGGAAUAUACGUAACAACCAUGGCUGUCAACGUGUACGCAACAAAUGUGACGACUGAGAACCUCAGUCGUCACGACAUGCUGGCUUGGGUCAACGAUUGUCUGCAGUCGUCGUUCGCCAAAAUUGAAGAGCUCUGCACUGGUGCUGCAUACUGUCAAUUCAUGGACAUGCUGUUUCCGGGCUCGGUGCCCUUGAAGAGGGUUAAAUUUAAGACAAACCUUGAACACGAGUAUAUACAGAACUUUAAGCUGCUGCAGGGUGGCUUUAAGAAAAUGAAUGUAGAUAAGGUAAUACCGGUGGACAAACUCAUUAAAGGCCGCUUUCAAGAUAACUUUGAGUUUCUUCAAUGGUUUAAGAAGUUUUUCGAUGCUAACUACGACGGCCGCGAGUACGAAGCGUUCGACGCGCGCGGCUGUAUUCCUCUGGGCUCUGGAGUUGAUGGAACCCAUGCCAUUUCAAAUUCACAAUUGGUACCACUUCCACAGAAGCAGCAUGUGCCACAGAAACAUAUUCAGCAGCGGCAACCCAUACCGCGGCAGCAAAUGAUUAACAAAGUUGCAACAAAUCGUGCGCCAGCAAAAAUAGGAGGUCUCGGAAAUCGCGGUGAACCGGGAAAAGUUGAUGAACUUAGUUCUCAGAUCAUGGAAUUGAAAAUUACUGUUGAUGGGCUGGAGAAAGAACGAGAUUUUUACUUUGGUAAACUGAGAGAUAUUGAAGUUAUGUGCCAAGAAUGUGACAACAGUGAAUCCCCCCCAAUCAUACAGAAAAUUUUAGAAGUUCUUUAUGCAACUGAGGAUGGCUUUGCACCUCCAGAAGAAAUUGAAGGAGAAGAUCACGAAGACGAUAAAUACUAACUGGAUCGAUUAUUACGGUUCAAAUAAGAAGCAAAGUGGAGCAAUAGAGUCAAGUCUGUUUAAAGUCAAAGUCGACACAUGAAGCAUUACUAUGAUAACUCAUAUGAAUCGUUGAAUGUUUGCGCGUUCUUUUCAUUUUUCUCGUUAUAUUUUUUCCAAUAGUUCAAUGAAAUUUAUGUUUUUAACAUAAGUGUAUUUUACACAUCAGUUUUUGAAUUUUCCUUAGGGUUGCAAAGACAAAAAAAAAACAGAUUUAUAAAAAAAUUUUAAGCUUGUAUCAUUAUGGCAGAAGCUAGGAGUAAAAAUUGCACUCAAAACAACGCUUUUGUAAAAGUCUGUUUUUUUUUAUUCUAAUAUUAUUUUAACGUAUGGAUAGUAAUUUUAAAACUUACCUGCGUUUGUAACUGUUCUUUUCGUAUUAUGUAAAAUAAACUUUUUGUUUAAUUUGGUUUUGCUCUUUUUCUUUAUAAUUCACAAAUAGAUUUGCUUGUUCAAAGAAUGCAAUUCAAUCUUAAUGAAACGUGUGCAAAAGUGUUUGUUCUAUAUUUAAAACAAGAACAAAAUCAGCGAUUCUUUGUGAAUCACGUUAAUUUUGAAAAAUUUUAUUGUUUGGCAUUUUUGUUUGGAUUUAAAAAGUAUGUACCCUUGAAAUGAAAUCAAGUUUUUUUUUCAAAUUGUCAUUCGGUUUUCUUUAGAAAUAUCACUAAAAUACUAUACUGGAAAAUUUUAUUUUAUCAUCUUAUUUUUAGCAGAAAACACGAAGAACCAUGUAAAAGUAAUUUUACGUUGACUAGUUUUAAGCUCUUAAAUGUAAGGGAUGUUUUUACCUUCAGAUCAUUUUGAUGCAUUGGAUUUUUAGCAUGACUAUAAUAAGAUUAAAAGACAAAAGUGUGAAGCGUGUUCUUGUACAGAAGUUAAAAGUAUUCCAAAAAGAGUUUAAUGUAUUAGCUAGCUUUAAUUGGAUUUUAUAUAGCCACAUGAAAAAUGAUAUAUGAUAAACUUUCAUAAACCUCCACACUUAAUCAAGAGAAUCAAAGAUUUCCUUUUCACAAUCCCUGCUCAUGCAAAACUUGACAAAAUAGCGCAAAUAACAAUUAGAUUUGAUUAUUGAAAUUUUGGAGUUAGUUAACCUGUUUUAUAAGUAAAUUUGACCGUUACAAGAGUAAAUAGAAGGCAUCGAAUAAGAUAUCGUAUGUAAGGUUAAAAUAUUGUAAAAUAUAAAAUGUUCCAAGAAGGCUAAUGCGCGAAAUAUUGUGUCUUACGCACCAAACAAUUUUCAUUUGUAUCUAUUAAUUAGAUUACAAGGCAUGAAGCACAUUGCACAAUACUUUAAUUAAGAAAUAGUAUUUGCGGAUCUACUGUGUAUUUAUUAUUGUAUCAAGCAGUAAGAUGAUCAUUAACGUGUAUGCUUUCGAUUUCAAAUUUUAGCGAUGUAACGAAAGUUUAAUAAAAACGAAAUUUAAAACUA